UCCAUUGAAUUUCCUCUGAAAACCUUUCAAUUCAAUCCAUAGCAGAAUAGGUCAAGGAGAGAAGAUGAGCUGCAAAUCCAGCACCAAAGCUGCAGUUAUGGCCUUCAGCAUUCUCCUUACCUCUCUGAUUGUCAACUCUGGUGUUGCAGCACAUAGCAGAGGCUGCAACAGUGGAUUCCACAGGUGUAAGAAAUCACCAACAAAUUCUCAAGCUCCGUCGCCUUCACCUCAGAAAGCUGAAACUUUGGUAUUUGCAGAGCAAAGGCUUGCGGUGGUUUACCCUGUCAUCCAAAAAUUCAAGUCCAUCAUCACCUCUGACCCACUGGGCAUUACCAAAUCGUGGGUUGGGUCGGAUAUAUGCAAAUACAGAGGCUUCUACUGUGAAACCCCCCCUGACAACCAGUCAGCAACGGCUCUCGCUUCCAUCGACUUCAAUGGCUUCCAGCUUGGCGCCCCAACGCUUGACGGCUUUCUUGAUCGGCUUCCCGACAUCGCUCUGUUCCACGCGAAUUCCAACAACUUUGCCGGCACAAUAUCCCCAAACAUCUCCAACCUUCCAUAUCUCUACGAGCUCGACAUAAGCAACAACAAAUUCUCCGGUCCAUUUCCUACGGCUUUUCUGUUCAUGAACAGCCUGACAUUCUUGGAUAUUCGGUUCAAUUUGUUCGCCGGCUCAGUCCCACCUCAAAUAUUCACGCAGAACCUCGACGUCCUCUUCAUAAACGACAACAAUUUUAUGCAGAAGCUUCCUGACAAUCUGGGCAGCUCUCACGUUCUCUAUCUCACCCUCGCAAACAACAAUUUCACCGGUCCAAUCCCAGGAAGCAUUGUCAAAGCUCUGUCGUUUCUAACAGAGGUGCUCUUUCUGAACAACCAACUAACAGGUUGUCUGCCAUACGAGAUAGGAUUUCUGAAGGAGGCCAUAGUGUUUGAUGCUAGCAACAACCAGUUAACUGGGCCUUUGCCAUUCUCGUUGGGUUGCCUAGACCAGGUGGAGCAGUUGAAUUUCGCCGGUAAUAUGUUGUACGGCACGGUGCCGGAGGUGGUCUGUGGGCUAGAGAAUUUGGUCAAUUUUUCCUUGUCCAAUAAUUAUUUUAUGAAUGUGGGGCUUCGUUGUAGGAGCUUGAUUGAGAGAGGAGUGCUUGAUGUUAGUAAUAACUGCAUCCUUGAUCUUCCAUUUCAAAGAUCAGCAGCUGAAUGUGGAGAUUUCUUCAGAUUCCCAAGGAUUUGUCCAAGAAUGGAAACUUAUACUUGUGUAACUUGUGAGCUUCCUUACUGGCCCUCCUGUGACCUCAUUUCCUGAAAUAUUGGCUCCUCUAACUUAAUGGGACCCUUUACCUUCUCUUACUCUGUUUAUAGAAGGCAUUGGUUUUUCGAUUUUGAUUUUUGUCUUGUAAUG